AUGGAUGAAUUAACAAAGAAAAAACGUAUACGCGCAGGACAUAGAGGUUCAGCAACAAAGAUUGUUUCAAAGAUAAAAGAAAAUUGACGAACUACAACAGCGAGGGCGAGACAGACAAAAAUGCCUUGAAACAACUGCGAGACACUUUAAAGGAUAAGAUCGAAGCCUUAAAGAAUCUCGACGCAACGAUCAUCGAAUUGUUAAGUGACAGUAAAGACGAAGACGCGGAAGAGGAACUGGCUAAAGAAAUCGAGGAGUCAGACGACAUUAUAGCGGACAUGCAAAAGGUUAUCCUCGACAUAUCCGAUGUGAUAAACGAAGCCAUUGUUCAAAGCGCAACAGUGACAGAUGAUACUACAUUGAACAGCAGCUUGUCUAGUGAGACAAAAAAGAUUAUUUGCGCUAAACUCCCGAAACUGGAAGUCAAAAAAUUUGGUGGCAAAUUGCAAGAGUGGCAAGAGUUUUGGGACUCGUUUGACAGCGCCGUAAACCAAAACGAAGGCUUAGCGGAUGUCGACAAGUUCGCGUACUUGAGAAGCCUAUUGAUUGAGCCAGCCAGAUCAGCUAUUUCGGGGUUUGCACUUACAUCGGCGAACUAUAACGAGGCGAUAGAUCUACUCAAGAGACGCUACGGGAAGAAAAACGCAAUACAAAAAGCGCACAUCCAGGAACUGAUGAACAUGAAACCAGUUUGUAAUGACCGAGACACAGAGAAACUACGGAAGCUAUAUGAUACGUGCGAGACAAAUUACCGAGGGUUGAAAGCCCUAGGGGUAGACGAAACCGCCCAUUCAACUAUCGUAGUGCCGGAAAUCCUGGAGAAGUUGCCCGAGUCCUUUCGAUUGACUAUAACUAGGGAUACAAACUUUUCCGAAUGGUCGAUGACAGAAGUUAUGGAUGCUUUUCUAAAAGAAAUUGAACUGCGGGAAGCACACAAGCCCAACGACAGAAAAACCCGAGAACCACGAAAGGCGAAAGAAUAUAUAUAUGGACAUGCUGGGGGAUCUGCUGCCGCUCUGUUUACGAGGCAAGGUCAUGGGAAUUAUGGACGUAUAAAGUGUGCAUAUUGUUUGGGAGAACACUCGCACGAAAAUUGCAAGAAGAUAACAGAUAUUAAUGAGCGUAAGCAACUUAUUCGUAAGUACGGACGAUGCUUUAUUUGUUUGAAAAAGGGACAUAUUAGUAAAAAUUGUUCUAGUAAUGUUAAUUGUGAUGCAUGCAACAGGUGGGAAAUUUGUCUGAGCAUGCGCGAGCAAAAUGAGACACGCAAUUGCGUGGAAUACACGCAACGCGUGUUUACAAAAAGGCACAAUCGUGUAAAUAUUGCCAAAUGUUUGUACAAAAUAAAUGACUGUUUUAUGUUGAAAAUGGACAUGAUCUAAAUUUCACUACAUUGCCAUUGUCUCUGGUAUGCUGUCCGCAUGUAUUCGAUCUGAAACAGUUGCUCCUUUGCUGUCGAAAAUUUCGAAUGUUUACAUGAAUAUAGAGGCAAGUCAUACAUUUUACAACCUCGUAAACUGUAUUAGCCCCUAUUUUUACGCCUAUACCUAAGGUAUCAAAUAAAAAUACAUGAAACAGAGAACAUUUUUAGAAAGUUUUAUCGUGAGGCCACGGCCAGUUUUUAAAAUAUCUUUAUUUCUGUUCCGGUCAUCACCAAAAUUACACAAAGCCGGGAUUGAAUAUACAACAAAUUUUGAAUCUCAUCAAGAACAAAAAUACUUAACGUGUAACCAAAAUAUGCUCAUGAAAGCGAAAUUAAUACCUAAAUUUUUAAACUAGACCCUUCUCGAAGCGGUUUUUAUGAAGGAAGGCAACAUUUCGGCCUUUGAUUCUUGGCAAGAAUUUGACCACAACACGUGCGAAGCAACUGGGUCUCAAAGACGUAGCUAAAACAUUGUGAGCCCCUAUUUUCCUGACGAUAUGUUUGAUACCUACAAACGCCGAAAAGUUUUUUCUUUUCAUUUAGCUAUAUUUAAAAUUGAGGCCACGGGCUAUUUUUGAGAAAAUACAGUUCAAAGUCAAGCUAUUUUUACAUAUUUUCAAAAUUUGUCAAAUUUCGCGAGCUUGUAUUUUGAACUUAGACAGCUGAAGUUACAUUAAGAAACAUAGGAUGGAAAAUUUGAGGCAUAUAAAGUUAAUUUCAACUUACAUUUCAUUCUCAUAUCACGUCUUUCUUCGUUUAUUACGGUUUUAAACAAGCCACAGCUCGACGUAUACGGUAUUUACUCCCAUGUUCACGUCGCCAUAUUCACUUCUUCCAAUCACUCGAUUACAAAAAGUAUCACCGAAAACAGGGAAUUCAUGAUCGAUUUUUAAAAGAAUGACCGUUAAUUUGUAAAGCGUUGAAUGGAAAGCAAAAAAUCGUCAGCCAAAACAGCUUCUUGCUAAUUUUCUACUUUGUUUUGAAUGUAAAUGCAAUGAGCUUUGUUUCUGCCCGCGAUUUUUUGGUCAGCGACGACAAAUUUCCCACCUGUUGAUGCAUGCGGGAAACGACACCAUAGGUCUGUUUGUGAGGGUACUGGGGUUCCUACUGACUAUGUUCAAUCCAACCAUUCCAUUCUGGGUUCUCAAAGUAGGGUAGCAUUGCUGACAGCACAAGCUUUAGUGAAGGGAGUGAAGGGUAGUCCAAGGGUCAGAGUACUCUUUGACACAGGAAGUCACAAAUCCUUUGUGAGUAGAAAGGUAGUUAAGGCAGCCGGAGUUCCAGCUAAGAGAAAGGAGUGGAUUGAAAUCAAAUCAUUUGGGCAAGAGAGGGCAGAGGGAAAAUUGCAGGACGUUUUUGAGUUAGAAGUUUUGCCAGUUACGGGGGGAGAGAGUGUGAAUAUUGAGGCAUACGGUGUAGAGUAUGUUUCACAAAUCAGAAAUGAGCAUGUAGAGUUGAAGAAAAGGGAUUAUUCGCAUUUGCAAGGAUUGUGGUUUUCUGAUGUUUGUAAGGAAAAUGAAGUGUUGGAAAUUGAGGUGUUGAUAGGGGCUGAUUAUCUGUGGUGUUUCCAGGAAGGAAAUGUUGUGAGAGGGAAGGCUGACGAGCCUGUGGCAGUGCAAACAAGGUUAGGUUGGGUAUUGUCUGGUCCUAUGAAGGUAAGUGGUAGUGGUAAUGAAACAAAUAGUAUGCAUGUUGUCGAUGUAAAUUUUCUUGUGCAAGAUAAUUCAAGUUGUACAAAACUUGAUGAGAGUAUACAUCGUUUAUGGGAUUUUGAAACAUUAGGCAUUAGACAGGAAGAUGAAGUACAUGAGUCUCUAAAAGAUUCAAUUAAGUUUAAUGGCACAAGGUGCAGUGUAAAGUUACCUUGGAAGGAAGGUCAUAGUGCAUUACCAAGUAAUUACAACAUUAGCUUAAAGAGAUUGAAAG